AGUAGAAGUUGUCUGAUGAAAAUUUGCUGGGAUCAGUACAUUUCUGUGCAUCGAAUUUUUAUAUUGCAUUACCAGUGUUAUAAAAUGUUCAGUAGUCUGAUUGAGUAUUCUUAAUUGUUCAAUGAGAAUCUAGUGUUGAGUAAAAAAGUGUCAGCAGACCGUGAACAUGCCAUCCGGUGGCUGUUUGACGAUUUGAAAAAAAUAUCACCCACUGGAACUUGACAAAAUAAGAAAAAGCGGAGCAUCUAUUUCUUCUUCGUUUUGGUGUGUUGCUCCCUUCAUGCAUCGACUGCAGAAGCAGCAGAAAGAACGUAAAUGGUGGCGCUUCGAGCGUGAAGAAAAAGAAAAAUCUCAUUUCCAUUCUGCCAGAAUUGAACAGGGGAUACGAGUUUUAAAAGGACCAGUCAUGGUUAAAGGACGUCGUACGCGCCAGGCAAACACCGGUCCAAAUUUGUUAGCCGCAACUUCCAUCGUGACGGACGAUACUGCCAGUCCAAAGAGGAAAGAUUUCAAAUAUGACAACGUACCACAUUUUGUUAACAACAAUACUAUCAAUGAUAACAAUAACUCCAGAACAACCGGUAAAACGACGAAUGGCGAAACCCAUGCCCCGAUGCUUCUCAGGGGAGGUCGUACUAAAACGAAUGGAAUUGCAAAGUAUUUGACCAGUAAUGCCAGCAGUAAACCAAUCGACACUCCUGUAACUAACGAAAUAAAUCGAAUUGACAACUUCAUUGACUUGACUGACGAAAAUACAUGUGAUUCUUUUGAAAAUGCUGCAACCAAUGAAAUUGACCAAAUAGUUACAGAUUCUCCUUUGGCGUCAUUAAAUUUCAACAUCAUCAAAAGCAAUCCAGCAAGUAACAUUUUCUUGCAAGAGCCGGUUCUAAGUCUUAACUUUGACAAAAGUUCAACCGACAAAUCUCGUGUAAUAAUCAAAAAUACUUUUUUCAAUGAAGAUAUACAAAACAAAUUUUCCCCUCCCAAGUAUGAUCCAAUGUGGGGCAGUGGGGCUGGUGGUUCUAUUACAAUCAAACAGGAACCAUCCGAUUUUGCAUUGGAUCUUUCGAAACCUACCCAGGUAACGGCGAUUGAUUCAACAACGUUCCUAAAUCAAGACAGCAAUUCAUGCGACAGUGGCGACAGUGGUGUAGUAAUUUCGCCUCCCGGAGCAUCUGUGCCAGCUAUUGUUGGUUCUCCCGCAACUGGUACACGUCGCAAGCCUGGCACACCGCAUCGUAUCCUGUGUCCAUCGCCGGUGAAAAAUCCUAUUGUCGCUAGUCCAUCAACUGCUUUGGCCCAUUUGAAUAUCCAGAACAAACGUGCCUCCAGAAAGAAUGUCAAAUCUAUAAGAAGGCUCCACACGAAGGAAUUAGAAAACGCUCUUGAAGAAACCGUAACAGAGGGUGUGUCCCAGCCAGUCGUACAAGCGCUUCCUCCAGGGCUUCCGACUGUAACGGCUGACAAGAAAAAACAGGUGCUUAACGAUUCGGUCAACCCAACCGCUCAACAAAACACCAACAACAAUCACCAAAGCGCCAAACUGAAUGAUGCAUCUUCCGCGAACGCUGCAAUGGUUCCUCCGACAACAGCAUCAUCCGGUGGUGGAGGGACCAACAAAAAAUUGACCGACUUCUUCCAAGUCCGCCGGAGUGUUAGGAAAACCAAAAAGGAAGUGCAAUGGGAGCGCGACCGAGAUAUCGAAAAAGCAAUACGAGAGCAACGCGAAACAGGUCUCAAGGUUGCUGUCUUCGAAGGGAAAGGUCGAGGUAUUGUUACAACCCAACCGUUUUCCAAAGGCGAAUUUGUAGUUGAGUACAUUGGGGAUCUUAUAACGGUAACCGAAGCUAAAGAACGAGAGCAAAUUUAUGCGGAAGACGACAACACCGGUUGUUAUAUGUACUACUUCAAGCAUAAAAAUAUCCAACAUUGCAUCGAUGCGACAGCUGAGAGUGGCAAACUAGGUCGGUUAGUGAACCAUUCGCGAAACGGAAAUCUAAUGACGAAAACAGUUUCCCUGAACAACCGACCCCAUCUGGUGCUCAUAGCCAAAGACGACUUGCCAGCUGGGGUAGAAGUAACCUACGAUUAUGGUGACCGAUCGAAAGAAGCCCUACAGCAUCAUCCUUGGUUGGCUUUCUAGAAAUAAUUUAGCAACAGAGUUAAAAAAAAAACAAUUGGUGAAAUUUCUUAAAACAGAUCAGUAGAAUUGUGCACUGGCAUUAACCAAUUGGUGCAUGUUAUCCGGUAAAUUUCGCCAGCAAAAGUGUGAAACGAUCCUGUGUUUGAUCCGGACAAAAUCAUAGAGCCAUAUGUUGUAGUUUUAUUUAUCGUUGAAACCAAUCUAUGUUCAUAUACGAUACAAAAUCCUUUUGGAUUUCCUAUUGCGGAAUAAUGCUGCUUCAUUGCGUAGGAAGUUUAGAGCGUAUCACUGAGAGGCGUCAGGAGAUAGCAAAACGAAUACAUUAGUUAUUUAUUUUUAAAGUAGUUUCUUUUAAAUUUGAAGUUAAACUCUAAAUACAUCAACAAACAAAUAAAUUAGUAUCGCAUUGAGAGACAUAACAUUGAACGCACUUUUGAUAAAUGGACAAAUAGAACAUUAUGUGGAAGAUAAACAUAACUCGAACAGUAAAAAAAAAAUACAAAUUACACCAACGGUUCUGAAACCUACUAGCUUUAGGAGUAAAAGUAGUUCAGCAGCCCCCAAAAGAUCCGACAAAUCCCGUGGUUACCUUAAACAGGAAACACUCGCAGGUUCAAAUUUGAUCGCAUUGAUUGAACUGUAGUAGAUUCGAUUACUACCUACAUAAUUUAUUUAUCUAUUUAAAACUAAGCGAUGGUUAACAACCAUUUGUUAUCUGGAUGAAUGCUGUUUUUUAGUUUAGCAGCUCAGUGUUUGCAAACCGGGCCUUUAAGUUAAAUUUCCAACAACAUUUUAUCAGACACAACAAAUGAAUACUUAAUUAUCUCGAAGUCUAACUUAUCUAAUCAAGGCUAAAUUUUCCAAUGAAUUUGUGCGGAUGUUCUUGUUUUUUAUAGUUUUUUGCCAUUCAAUUUUGUUUUGUGGAAGUAUCUUCUAAAUUUUCCAACCAACAUUUUUUUUACAUUUUCGAUGUUUAAUGAUUUUAUUUCUCAACUACCGAAACACGUGUUAAUUUUAUAUCACGCGUAAUAGUUGCUACGGUAUAUAUUUGUUAAUUUUUAUUUGUUUAACGUUUUCAGAUUUUUUUGUUAACAGGAGGCGGAUUGCAUUUUUUUUUUAAAUUAUAAACUGAUCACUUCAUUUCAUGUUCCUGAAAAUAAUAAGUAUAGCAAAACAUCGGAGGUCACGCUUAAAUUCUUUCAACAUUGAUUUUACUUUUUUGGAAACCAAUUUUCUUUCUGAAUUCACCAAAAUACUCUGAUGUUGAGUGUUUCCGCAAAAGUUUAAAGAAAAACCACCAGUGCUUAUUGGAGAAAAAAAACCGCAAAGCCUAACUCGUCGUACACGUUACUAGGCUUAGGAUAAUGAUAAGUAAAUAGUUAAACUCACA